AUGGCAGACAGAUUGUGCAAUUUCAGAAAGGAGAAGAUGAUCAGAAAAAGGAUUCAGAAUUGUGAUGUUCAGCUACUAGUAUUUGGAAAAUCAUCGGUUGCCGAAAACGGAGGGGAUAUUUUUUUACAUGCAAAAAAAUCUCGUCAUGAUCGCACAUUCGGCGAACUCCACUUGCGUGCGUGCCAGGGCAGAUCACGUUUUGCAAGCCAGUCCACAGCCCAGAAGGAUCUGCCGGCCCACAGUGCUUUUAGGCCCACCGGGCAUCCAGGUGGCAGAGCCCAUCUCGUGUGCGUUGCGAUCUCUUCACGGCCGAAAAAAAAGGCUACGCAAGUUCGCAGGAGUCUUUUUUCGCUGCUUCUGUCAGCCCAUAUAUCAAGACGCAAACACGCGGUCUUCAGUUUGGUCAGAAGGAGGAAGAGGAGGAGAGGAAGGCGCGGGAGGAGGAGAUGGAGGCGCGGCUGGAGAAGGCUAGGGAAGAAGAACCCGACGGAGGAGGAGGAGAAGCAGCGGGAGGAGGAGAGGCAGCGGGAGGAGAGGAAGAGGGAGGAGAGUCGGCGCUCGGAGGCUGCACGGAGGCGGCUCGGCAUCACUGUCGUCGCGGGGGCUGGGGACGGUGACCGGAAGCGACCAGUAUAUGACUCCAGGAAACAUAAAUUGCAUCCCAAACAUCAUGAUAAUGCCCAAUCUGAAGCUGAUGCUAGAAGAAUCCAGGGCUUAAAGCCGCAAUUGGAGGAGGAGCAGAGCAAUGCGUCACUUGAAGAGGACAGUGCUGUCAGUGAUGCGCUAAGAUCAAGGGAGGGAUCAAGCACUGGAUCAUCGGAAGAGGACAGCAAAAUCAAUUAUGACGAUGACGAUGCUUGGGAGAACAAGAGCCUGGAUGAGUUUGAUGUUCCGUCUUUUGGUGAUUCCACCUUUGCUGAAGAAGAAACAGAGGAGAAACAUGUGAUUUCUACAGCUCCGGUUGUUAAUUCAGAAAAUAUGGCUAAGGAGAUUGAGGAAGACCAGAUAUUCAGCUCUCAGGAUGUAGCUUCAAGUAGUGGAUCUGGAGAUGAAAAGGAGCUUCGCGCGCCUAUAUGUUGUAUCCUUGGACAUGUGGAUGCUGGCAAGACAAAGCUCCUUGAUUGCAUCCGGCGAACCAAAGUGCAGCAAGGUGAGGCUGGAGGCAUCACACAGCAGAUUGGUACUACCUACCUACCAGUUGAAAAUAUCAGGGAGAGGACGAGUCUAAAAGCUGAAGUCACCGUCAAAGUUCCCGGUUUGCUUGUAAUUGACACCCCUGGUCAUGAGUCUUUCAGUAAAAUGCGUUCAAGGGGAUCGAGUUUGUGUGACAUUGCUGUGGUGGUAGUUGAUAUUACACGUGGACUUGAGAAGCAGACAAUUGAAUCUCUUGAUCUUUUGAAACGCCAUAAUGUGAGGUUCAUUGUCGCCUUGAACAAGGUUGACCGGCUCUAUGGAUGGAAACCUUGUCACAAUGCACCAAUAGCAAAGGCACUUAAGAAUCAAUCUGUUGAUGUCCAAAUGGAAUACAGAUGGAGGUUAACUGAGGUUGUAACACAGUUUAAGGAAAAUGGCUUCAAUACUGCAUUGUACUAUGAAAAUAAGAAGAUGAAACAUGUGUUUAACAUUGUCCCAACCAGUGCCAAAAGCUGCGAAGGCAUUCCAGAUCUUCUACUGCUUCUGGUGCGAUGGGUGCCUGAGAUAAUGAUAGAGAAGCUAGUCUACGACGAUACUGUAGAGUGUACUGUACUAGAAGUUAACGAAGUUAAAGAUUUAGGAGCUACUAUUGACGUAGUGCUGAUUAAUGGUGUGCUGCACCAAGGGGAUCAAGUAAUUGUUUGCACUGAACAGGGGCCUGUCACAACCGUUAUUAAAGAUCUGUUGACCCCUCACCCAAUGAAAGAACUCAAAGCUAAGGGCAUAUAUAAGCAUCACAAGGAGCUCAGAGCUGCACAGGGUGUAAAAAUUGUGGCACGGGGACUUCAACAUGCAAUGGCAGGCACUUCUCUCGUUGUAGUGAAGGCAGGGGAUGAUUUGCAACAGUGUGAAGCAGUUGCAAUGCAAGAGAUCGAUAGGGUCAUCAGCAUGAUGGAUGAGAAUGUAGAGGGAAAAGCAAUACAAGAAGUAAGUAGGAUCCGGACUUGCAAGGAGGGUGUCUACGUGCAAGCUUCUAGCAUUGGAACCUUGGAAGCGAUCAUUGCACACUUGAAGAGAAAUAAUGUGAACAUUGCUGUCAGUUGUUGGAAUUUAGGCCCUGUCAACAAGGAGGAUGUGAUAAAGGCAACUGCCAUGCUGAAGCGGAAAGAAGAGUAUGCAGCCAUCUUGGCCUUUGACGUCAAGGUGAUGCCUGAAGCUGCCGGCCUUGCAGCUGAAUCAGGAGUGAAGAUUCUCAUGCCUGAUACAGUAUAUAAGCUCGUCGACAGUUAUACUGAGCACAUUAAUGAAUAUAAGGAAGCGAAGAAAAUGCAAUGUGCAGCUGAGGCAAUUUUCCCAUGUACGCUGAAGAUUCUGCCAAAUCGUGUCUACCAUAGCAAGGAUCCAAUUGUUUGUGAUGUUGAAGUUCAAGAAGGUGUCGCCAAGGUGGGAACUGCGAUUUGUGUCUGUAUUCCAAGCAAGGAUAGAACAGAACACAUAGUUCAUAGCCUUGGAAGGAUCUCCUCUAUCAAAACAUCCAAUGGCAAUCAGAUAUUCUCAGCCAAGCAAGGAGUAGUUUCCAUAAAGGAAAUAGUGACAAACGAGCUUAAACCCGUGUUUUGGGUGGACUGA